GGCGGCGCAGCCCGUGCGAGCAGCGCGAUUCCGGCUCGCGCUGCCUUGUCCCGCUGCCGCUGGAGCCCCGCGCGCCCCCGCCCGUCUCCGGGGCACAUGGCCUGGCUGAUGGCAGCGCUCUCGGUGGGCACCGCUUUGAACGUCAGCAGUUCUUCUUCUGCUAUGGCUGAGCCAAAGUCAGUGUGUGUUUCAGUGGAUGAGGUGGUCUCAAGUGGCACAGAUAACCAAGAUGCUCGGUUGUUGAAUGGACACUUAAAAAAGGUGGACAACACUCUAACAGAAGCCCAUCGUUUCUCCUACCUACCCCGAAGACCAGCUGUGAACAUUGAGUUUAAGGAACUGUCAUAUUCUAUCCAGGAAGGACCAUGGUGGAGGAAGAAGGGUUACAAGACCCUUUUGAAAGGAAUUUCAGGGAAGUUCAGCAGUGGAGAACUUGUUGCAAUUAUGGGUCCUUCUGGGGCUGGGAAAUCAACACUCAUGAAUAUCCUGGCAGGGUACAGAGAGACUGGGAUGAAAGGAGCGAUCUUCAUUAACGGGCAGCCUCGUGACCUGCGCUCUUUUCGCAAAGUGUCCUGUUACAUCAUGCAAGAUGACAUGCUGCUCCCUCAUCUCACUGUCCAAGAAGCUAUGAUGGUGUCUGCUCAUCUGAAACUUCAAGAGAAGGAUGAAGGCAGAAAGGAGAUGGUAAAGGAGAUCUUGACAGCGCUGGGUUUGCUGACAUGUGCCAAUACAAGAACUGGAAGUCUUUCUGGGGGCCAAAGAAAGCGUCUUGCAAUUGCUUUGGAGCUGGUGAACAACCCGCCAGUUAUGUUUUUUGAUGAACCUACCAGUGGCUUGGACAGUGCAUCUUGCUUUCAGGUUGUGUCUCUCAUGAAGGCAUUAGCCCAGGGUGGCAGGUCCAUCAUCUGCACUAUUCAUCAACCAAGUGCCAAACUGUUUGAGUUAUUUGAUCAGCUCUAUGUUUUAAGUCAAGGACAAUGUAUUUACCGUGGGAAAGUGUUAAACCUUGUCCCUUAUUUGAGAGAUUUGGGUUUAAACUGUCCAACCUACCACAAUCCAGCAGAUUUUGUGAUGGAGGUUGCAUCUGGUGAAUACGGGGACCAGAAUAGUCGGCUGGUCAGAGCAGCACGGGAAGGGAUGUGCGACACAGACUACAAGAGAGAUGCUGGUGGCGAGAAUGAACUGAACCCCUUCUUAUGGCAUCGACCCUCUGAAGAGGACUCUUCAUCCACAGAAGGCUGUCACAGCUUCUCAGCCAGCUGCCUCACCCAGUUCUGCAUCCUCUUUAAAAGAACUUUUCUCACCAUCAUGAGGGAUUCGGUCCUGACACAUUUGCGGAUCACAUCACACAUUGGAAUUGGACUUCUUAUAGGCUUGCUGUAUUUAGGGAUUGGAAAUGAAGCUAAGAAAGUCUUAAGCAACUCUGGCUUCCUCUUUUUUUCCAUGUUGUUCCUUAUGUUUGCUGCUCUCAUGCCAACUGUCCUUACGUUUCCUCUUGAGAUGGGUGUAUUUCUCAGAGAGCAUCUGAACUACUGGUACAGUCUGAAGGCCUACUAUCUAGCUAAAACCAUGGCUGAUGUCCCUUUUCAGAUUAUGUUUCCUGUGGCCUAUUGCAGCAUCGUGUAUUGGAUGACUUCACAGCCAUCAGAUGCUCUCCGAUUUGUCCUGUUCGCAGCCCUGGGGACAAUGACAUCGCUGGUGGCUCAGUCAUUGGGUCUUCUGAUAGGUGCAGCCUCCACAUCGCUUCAGGUGGCAACAUUCGUGGGUCCGGUUACAGCCAUCCCAGUCCUCCUUUUCUCAGGAUUCUUUGUCAGCUUUGAUACCAUUCCCGCAUACCUCCAAUGGAUGUCCUACAUCUCAUAUGUCAGGUACGGGUUUGAGGGCGUUAUUCUCUCCAUCUAUGGGUUGGAUCGAGAAGAUCUUCACUGCGACAAAGAUGAUACUUGCCACUUUCAAAAAUCAGCGGCCAUCCUGAGAGAACUGGAUGUAGAAAAUGCCAAACUUUACCUGGACUUCAUUGUGCUUGGAAUUUUCUUCUUCUCUCUGCGUCUUAUUGCCUAUUUUGUUCUCAGAUACAAAAUCCAAGCAGAGAGGUAAAGGAAAAACAAACAAAACUAUCCAAUAGGAAGAACCCUAGACGUGCAGUAGAGGGCACUUGUUAUUGUCUCAUUGUGGGAGGCUGGUGUCCAGUGCCCAGUUACAGACGCUGUUAUGAUCCAGCCCAUAGAGAACCGUAUUGGGUUAGUGGAUGUGUAGUGUUAAGCUAAUCAGUCCAGUUGGAUUGGGUCACAUUUUCAUUACACUUCUAGCUUUAAUUAGGAAGAAAAAAAUAGAAGGGAAUUUUGAAUGUAGAGUUUCAACCGUGAAACAGUGUAACUGCAACAAAAACUGGUUUCAGGAACUUUCCUUUAUGAAAACCAUCUCUGUGAUAAGACGAUGUUUGUCCUGAUAGCCAGAGAUGUACAAUGACAUCUUUACGUGGCUGGUGAUUAUUGAUCAACAGCCAGUGAAGUACCAAGUGGGGGGAUGCAAAGAAAGUAGUAUUAUCACUUCAUUUUAAAUUCAGAGUGUCAUCUUUGAAAUUUUUUAAUGUAUCACUUUGGAUCUCUCUUCCACAAGGAUUAUCCAUCCAAACCCAAAGUCUGUUAGCUUACUGAUUCUCAAGAAAAAAUGUCCUUUUUUAAUAGGGAUGGAUAAUAUGUACAAAAAAAAAUCCUAGUGAUACACUAUCUAAAUUCAGAAUUCUGGUGCUUUACUUGAUGAGAUGGUCUCAGAUUCAGAAAUUGUAAUACUAAGGAAAAAAGACAAAAUCAGAGUCAGAACUGUAAACCUGUGAUUCCUAUGUAAAAAAAUAUGGAGCACAGAUAGUCAGGAAUAUUUAAGCUGUCCACAGAUGAUUGCUUUAUUUUUUAAAAAAAUCUGCUUUUGCAAUGUCUUUUAAACCCACCUUAUUUGUGAUAGUUAAAAUGCUAAUUGUGUUCAUUAUCCACAUGAACUACCUCUUGUGAAUGCAAAAGCAAAGAGCUGUUUUCUUUUGUAAUGACAUCUAGAUUUUAGCAGUCUGUUGGGUUCUUUGUUUAUCUAGCCCAGAUCUGUGUGGAUAUGGUAUGUAUCAUUUUACUUUUGGUCAUAUAUGCAUCAAUUCAAACAUUAAAUGCUUCCGAUAUUUCCUUUUGGCUGAAGCUAGAAUAUAGUUAAAGAAACCCUGCAAACCAGGAUAGCUGGUUAAGUGCUGUCUGUGAGAUAGUGAACAUUUGUGUCUGAGUUACUGUCAUGGGGUGCUUUCCUCACUGCCUCCGUCUGUCCACAUCUCGAGAUUAGCUCUGCCAGAGCGACUCCCCUUCCUGCUGUUGCACUGCAUCCUCUCUCUGUGUUUCUGUGUCUUGGGAUGGAAACUGCUCCUGCUUCAUGGCUUGGCCCUCCAACCAGGUCAAUGUAGCCUUCCCCUACUGGGGUAUCAGAGUCUCUCAGGACCUACUGUCCCCGGCAGUCUUCCCAUUCACUGCCCCUUAAUGGUGCCACUUCCCCAGUAGCCGGUCGGGGAACCCAGGCCCACCUUCUAUACUGAGUUCCAGCCCAGGGAACCUACAACAAGCAGUUAAGGUCUGCACAGUCCUAAAACUUACUGUGGUAUCCCUGGGCUACUUCCUGCCUUGCCUGCUUUCACCCUCAGAGUGACUGC